CGUCCUGCGCGCUCCCGCGACCCUAAACGCACCCAGAGGACUGUCAGUGAGGCAAUCAGCCGGUCCGCCAGCGGUGCUCCGCGUCUCUCUGCCCACAUGCACAGAACCGAGGUCGGUACUGGGAGCUGUGACCGGGAGCAGCAGCUGGAUCAGAGAAGCGCGUCCGGGGUUCGUCUCUCUGCCUGAGUUAGUUUUGCUGACUGGAAGCUGCUGCUGAGGGAAGAGCUGCCGUCAUGGCUCGGACGCCCGAAGGUGUGAGCAAGCUCACGGAGAGCACCUACAAGAACGUGAUGGAGCAGUUCAACCCGGCCCUCAGGAACCUGGUCAACCUGGGGAAGAGCUACGAGAAGUCGGUCGCAGCCAUGACUCUGGCAGGAAAAGCCUAUUUCAGCGCCGUGUCAAAGAUCGGAGAGCAUGCCAUCGUGUCUCCUAUGUCCAGGGAGAUCGGCGUCGUUCUGAUGGAGAUCGCAGAAAGUCACGUGAAGCUGCACAACGAGCUGGAGGAGAACUUCAGGAGGUUUCACAGAGAGGUGGUGGUUGAGCUGGAGAAGAAGACGGACAUGGAUGUGAAGUACAUGACGGCGACCUUCAAGCGCUACCAGCUGGACUACAAGAUGAAGCAGGACUCUCUGGACCGCUCCCAGACCGAGCUGAAGAAGCUGAGGAGGAAGAGUCAGGCCAAGCACUCCUCCAAGUACGACCUGAAGGAGAACGAGUAUUUGGAAACCAUCACCUCCCGGCAGAUGGACAUGCAGAAGUUCAUCGCUGAAGGCUGCAGAGAGGCCUUCGUGGAGGAGAAGAGGCGCUUCUGGUUCCUGGCAGAAAAGCACUGCAUGUUCUCCUACCAACUCACCAACUUCCACGACAAGGCCAAAGAGAUUCUGAGCUGCAGGCUUCCCACCUGGCAGGAAAAAUGCAGCAACAUCGACAAAGUGCCGGACACGGUGGCGACGAUGAUAGAAGGCCUGUCCAUCAACCCGGAUCAGCCGGCACAGAACAACCUGGGCUCUUUGGUGCCGCCUCCUGCACCACCGCUGAGGAUCAGUCCCCUGGCCAACAUGUUUAACCCCGAGCCCAGAGCUCCAGUCAGACCUGCAGACGUCGGCUCAGACCAGAGCAGCCGAGCAGAGGGAAGCCUGUCCAGGUCCACAUCCACGUCGUCUGAUCUCAACCUGGGGAGGAAGUCCAGAGUCAAGACCAUCUUCCCCCACACGGCGGGCAACGACGCCACUCUGCUCAGCUUCGACGACGGCGACAUCAUCACCCUGCUCGUCCACGAGGAGAAGGACGGCUGGCUGUAUGGAGAGCUGGAGAAGACUCAGCAGCGCGGUUGGUUCCCCUCGUCGUACUGCCGGCCGUACGCCGAGCCCGUCGUGUCCAACAGCAACCUGAGCACGCCGGUGAGGAGUCUGAGCAUCGCCAGCCUGCAGGAGGAAGACGAGCUGGACGAAGACUACGAGCCCGUCCUGCUGCCGCCGCCGGACUACAGCGACCCGACCCCGUCCAAACCCGCGGUGCCGUGGUCUCAGAACACGGUGUCUCUGGUUAAUGGGACUGCCAAGCCUCCUUUCUUAGGAGGAGGAAAUCCAUUUGCGACGGUGAAGCUGCGGCCGACCGUCACAAACGACCGUUCAGCGCCGGUCAUCUAACAAAGAGCCAAAGGAGUUUGUUUUGUUGCCACGAUGCCUUCGGGGGAAUGGAAAGAAAUGCAAACAUCUCCCUUUCAUCUCACCAGCCUGCACCUCGCCUCUCUGUUCUCUGCUUAGUUUAAAGGCCGACUGUUAGAAAACUGCAGCUACGGCAUGUUUUACGUUGGCCAUAAUAGUUACCCAUGUACGACUAAGGCCCCCUUCACACUGAAUUAAGACUGCGCUGCAUUCUGCAGCAUCUGCUGGAUUGAGGCACAUUUGGAAAACGUUGUUCUGGUUUCCUGCUGCUCUUUCACAUCUGGGCUUUCUUCUCCUUUGGUAGAGAAACAGCAGUAAACUCUUUCAAAGCGCCAGGAUGGUUCCCAACUAUUUACAGAAUCCCCCUUUAAAUGUGGCCGGUUUCUGCAGCUCCACCAUCAGUUUCAGCCUGGCUGUGGAAACUUCUCUUUGAAAACGUCACAAACACAUUUUGCAUGUGACGUUCACAGCUUCUGCCAGUUUUUAAAUGAUAUGCACAGUUUGGAGUUGUGUGCGCUCCUUUCUCCAGCUAUGAGCCGUGUUCCAGGGGAAGUCCAGCUCAUACCUGUCCCUAUAUGCAAGGGGCUGGAGCAUGCCACUUGCAUAUGGAGAUGCUCUUUUGUGGUGGAGGGUGGGCUUUUCCACUACUGCUGUUUUUCACCGAUCAUUUUUGCUUGAAUCCAGAAUGACAUGACAGUUGCAUUCUGGGAACUCUCACCUUCCAUCACAAGCGAGAGAAUAUGCUGCAUUCGCCUCAGAGGGCCUCUGAACACCCUGAAGAGGCCGUUCACAUGCUGCCCAGUCUUAGUCCGGUGUGCAGAGGGCCAAACACAGGUAGAAGUAGAAAAUGUCCUGAAAAUGCAUCCAGCCUAGUUUCUGUAAACUAAACUCCAGUGUUUGGACACUUGUCUCCACCCUAUGAUGUAAUCCAGAAGACAGCCAUGUUGCAGCUCCAGUGCAUGCCUUGCAAUGCAAUUUACUGCGUGUAUUCCAGUGACAGUCGGCCCAUGAACAGAAAAUUGCAUUGGAAGGCAGUCAUGCAGCUUUUGUUCUCUCAUGAAAAGAUAUUUAGACAUUCAAGAUCAGGAGCUAUUUGUCCAAAUGCAUCUGAAUCUUAAGUCAAAGGUACUGGUCCACAGAUGACGUUCAGCAGGCUUAAUAGCAGCUCUGCUUUUAAUUUGAACCCUUUUCCUCCACACCCCAAGCAUUUCCACUUCUUCUUCUCUGUCCCUGGUAGACGUUUGGGUCAGAUUGCCCGGCCUGUUAGUAGAUGAAGACCUUCAGUUGUUCAGCAGGCCCUCCUGCCAUGUAAAGUAAGCCGUGAGGCUUACAACGUGUUAUGUUGAGCUGAACCUUUUAAGCCUUUUUAAAGAGAAAACAGCAAGAAUAAAGAGAUGUUGUGUGUUUAAUCAGCGGCACAGAGCAGCAGUCCGGCUGCCUUACCAAAAAUCCUCUAGUCAGACGUAUUGGUGCCUAAAAUAGUCUGGGAUGCACAGAGGGUGAGAAUGAAGGGAUGAUUCUGUAGUUUGAGUUCAGUUUUGAAGAAAGCUUUUUAUAUAGAUUAUGUUUAUAUGAACUAUUUAAAUAAACCUGAAUGCAGACGCCCACUGAGUUCAGUCUGAGCCAUGAAGCUCCUCCUGAUUUUGAUUUCACUACUGGGGUGUAAUUUAAAUGACUUUUUAAAUAUAUUAUUUUUCACUGUUUCACUCAUGUAACACAAUGUAUGUUCAAUGCACACUUUAUGCAAAAUUAAAUGGGCUUUUGUGGCGGACCACUGAAAUGGAAGCAGGAUAUGUGUUGUAUGAAAAUGAUUUACAGUGUAUUUGCUCUCUGAAUCCAGUCGUAUGAUUAAGCGAGUCGUAAAUCUGCUCAUAGAUCUAAAACAUGUUUACUUCAGCGACCUUAACACUGCUGUCAAUCUUGCUUUUUUCAAUAAAGAUCUGGAGCUGGUCCAUUUAAUCAGUG